ACCACCCUCUGAAGAUCUAAUAGUGUUUCGCAGAGUGAAGAAAGAACCAUGCCGUGCUACAGGAUUUGCGAGUUCAACAAGAACUCAUAUGACAAUGGUAUGAGAGACCUGAGGAAAUGGUGGGAAGAAUGGGAUCUGAGGAUUCUAAUUCUCUACAUCCUCAUUGCUCAGUUAUACCUUCAUUUCUUCGGACGACUCCGCAGAAAGAAUAAGUCACUGUUGCUGAUGAUUGCGACUAUUUGGUUACUCUACUUAUUUUCUGACUUGUUGUCAACAAUUGCUCUUGGAAAGCUCUCCAAGAUCAAAGUGGACGAUAACAGUAAGCACAAUUCCAUCAAGCAAAAGGGGCAUUCCAACAAGACAAUGGGCGAAGAAUCGCUUAGGGUGAUGUGGGCACCUCUGAUCUUGUUCUAUCUCGGGGGUCCGGAUACCAUUACCGUCUUACGCGUUGAGGAAAAUCAGUUGUGGAUGAGACACCUUAUAGGACUCUUAACCCAAGGCCUAAGAACAGCUUAUGCCCUGAUAGUAACCUGGAAUAAGGAAGGAUUGUCUCUUCUGGCCCUGCUGGUGUUUGUUCCUGGUAUUAUCAAGUAUGGAGAGAGAGUGUGGGUAGUCAGGUCAAGAUCCCAUGACUACAAGGGUUUUAUUAAGUUAGAUUUAGAAAAAAUUGACACAAUCAGUGCUUCGGGACCGACUGCAAACCUAGUGCUCCUAGCCUAUUCCUGGUUCCAAACCUUAUUGCCUCAUAAUACAAGUUACAAGACUGAUGCGAGGACAGUGGGAAUUUUGAAAGCAAGGUUCCGUGACUCAGUUAAAAAGGGUAGUGUUGAUGCUUUCAAACUGAUUGAGAUCGAGUUGGGUUUGAUGUAUGACAUGCUCUUCAGCAAGGUAGGCACUAUUUUUACUGUAUGGGGAAGCGUACUUAGAUUUCUUAGCUUCUCAUUGAUCGUUUCUGUGCUUGUGAUAUACAUCACGUGCGACAAGCCUCACGGGUAUUUGGAAGGUGAUCAUAUUGUAACCAUCAUUCUCUUAGCUGGAGCCAUUUUUCUGGAGAUAGCUGGCAUUAUUGAGCAACUUGUUUCGGAUUGGGCCAUUGUUUGGGCAUAUAAGAAUGGAAGUAAGUGGGCUACUUGGGUUCUCUUUCCACACGAAAUUCUAAACUCUAAAAGCCAGAGGUGGUCUGGGUUAAUGGGGCAAUUCAAUUUGCGGGAUUUCUGCGAAAACUACAGGCCUCUUGUCUGCAAUACGAAGUGGGAGUGGCUUUUUGGCAGGGAAAAAAUGUUGAAGAGAUUCAGCUUACAGAAGAGUCCAGACAAACAGUUGAAAGAUAUAAUCAUUCGUCACCUUCGUGAGAAAUCAGAGAAAGCUGCAGUUGUUGAUACUUUGCAGACUUCAACAAAUACAGUUACGCAGAUUGAUACUUCCCAGACAUCAACUCAGAAAACCGCAAAUGUUAAUACGGUGCAGACUUCAACAGAGAAGGUCACAAAUGUUGACGAGUUACCCACUUCAGAAUUGGAAAGAGGUGAGAGGACCGUUUUAAGGUAUGAUGGCGGGCAGCAGUUCAAGCGGAGUAUUGAACUAAAACUUGGUCAAAGUAUUGUCAUCUGGCACGUUGCUACCGAAGUUUGCUACGAGUCGGAUCAUCCUAAAAUUUUUGGUAAGGAUAAGGUGAAGCUAAAAGUGGCCAAAAACCUCUCCGACUACAUGAUGUAUUUGCUUGUUGCAUGUCUUGAUAAAUUUCCUUUCUGCAACAAAUACAACAGGAUUAUGCAAGAUUCUGCUGAUAUGAAGAAACUUUUUUAUGGAGGAGUGGUAUUGAACGAGGGCAACACCACCAAUAUCACACUUGUGAACAGGGCACAAGAACUUGUUCUAGAUAUGAAGGAGAAUCCGAAGAGGUGGGAUAUCAUGGGCAACAUGUGGGUUGAGAUGUUGUGCGAUGCCGCGAGGAAAUGCCCAGUGAAGAACCACAUUCAAGAGCUUCGACAUGGGGGAGAGUUUCUCACCCAUGUCUGGCUUUUGCUUUUGCACUUUGACACACCGAAGGAGCUAGACAGAAGCAAUUCUAGCCUGAAGGAUGAAAAAGACAGCGGGGUAAAAGGUGUAAGUAGUACCGUUGGAGACAUGGUGGGGAAUGUGAUUGACGAGCGUCAAUAUGUUGGCGGGAUACAAGCUACUAUGGAAGAACUCGUGCAGAGUAAAGUUGACGGUUGGACUUCUAGUUUGACCUACUACUAAGGAAGAAGUUAAGCAGAAUAAAGUUUGAGGGUUGGACUUCUAAUUCUAUUUAUGGUUUGCUUCUGAAGUGUGUUUGUUUUUAGGAAACACUUACGUCUGCAUGCCUCCGUGUGAUAAUAAUGCUGUUUAAUUGCUAAACUAGUGUAAUGACAUUUGAGUCAUUUAUCCCUAUAGAGUACCGCAUGAUAUAUAUAGUUGGUGGUAUGCAAGAUUGAAUGAA